AUGCCGCCAGCUCUGCUCACAGCGUCCAAAUUAACACACGAGUCAAUAAACCCGACCUUUUUUUUUAAUUUUUGUUUUGUUUCCACUUUUCCCUCCCAUUUGCCUACUUAUUCUCUUCUUCUUUCUCGGCUUGUUUUCCUGUAUCCUCACAAGUCCGUGAAUGCUCAAGCUGCUUUUCCUGGGGCUUGUCUGGUUCUUCCAAGUUGCCCUGUGGAGAGUCCAACGCCGGGCGACAGGCACCCUCAAGACGCCUGCGACGCAGCCGUGUCUGGCACCUUUUGGGCUCUCACAGGACCUGAAGUGCCAGCAAAGUAUCGGGACAGGAGGGACCUCGAAUCCCACACAUCCUCCCUGGAGCAUGGCGGCCAGUCUCUGGAGGAGAACGUGGGCCCAUUCUGA